UGAAAGUUUGGACUUUUUGCAAAAAAAAAAAAAAAAAUUAAAAAUAAACAAAUAAAAAUGUAAUUUUUCAAAAAUAAAGGGGAAUACCAGAUUAAUACACCACAACAAAACAUAAUCAAAAUCAAGCGUAUUUAAUAAAGUCAAGCGAGUAAAAGCUUAUCUGUGCCGGGUCGGCUGUUGCAAAAAAUUGUGUAAUUUUCUAUAAAAAGAUCACAAUGGUCGUGUUGUCAUAUCUAACUAAACAACCUGAUCCACUGGAAAGAUUUGCCUAUGAUAGUGCUAUAAGAAAAAAGAGCACAUUAACAAGUGAAUAUAUACUUUUGAACGACACAAUAUAUCCAGAAGUUUGGAUUGUGGUCGAUUUAUAUAGUCAUAUGGAUCCGCCACUUUUGUCACCUCAUAUACUGAGAAAAAAUACCGCUAGAAAUGCAAAACUAAUAAUAGACAUAAUGCAAAAGCCGGUUCCUAAUAGCAGCUAUUAUAAAUACAACUUAAAUAACUGUCACAUACGUAAAACCUGUAGUUUACGGCUAAAAAACGAAAUCAAAGGAAAGCUACAAUAUUUGAAAAGUUGGCAGAUGGAACAAUCUCUAGAUGAAAAAGCUAAGAAUGUCAUAGAAAAUACUAUAGAUACGGAUUAUUUUGGUAUAAAUAGCGGUAAAAAGGUCUACAUAGGCUUUACUGCUUAUGCCCGCAAUCCUAGCAAUGGUUGUAAAGAACAAAUAUCAGACACAAUAUUUUCCAAUGCCAUUUAUGACAUCUGUAAUUUUUCAACCGUAACACCUAGUUUUGCAACAACUGCUGGUCGUUCAGAACAUAUCAUUAAACUUAGCGAUAACCAACUUACAACAACACCAUCAAGCGUUCAAAUUAAAUUAUCCCAUGAAGAUAAUAGUUGGCAAGCUUGGACUAUGGGUCAUUUGCAAAAGAUGGUUUACAUUUCACUGCCCCACCCUAUACGGGCCAUAUUAAUUCGAACGAUAACAAUCGUCUGAUUAAUUUGCAAGUUAUGGAGAAUUUAUCUCUUGUUGCCAUUAAAUUUGUUUAUAUCGUUAAUAAUUAAACUAUUUAUAAGUAUAUAACUAAUUUAACUUUAUUUCUAAUA